AUGGGUCCUAAGAAGGUUAGUGCAAAGGAUAGUGCUGAGAAGAAGAAGAAAAAGCUGAUAGCGAUAGAACUGAAGAAGGAAAUCAUUGAUAAAUAUGAGAGUGGAGUGCGUGUAGUGGACAUAAGAUGGAAAAUUGCUUCUCUUGUGAAUCAACGAGAAGCAACUCGCAGGGGGAUACGUUUACGGAGACAAUCAUCUGCGAGAGCGUUGUAUGGGGAUCUCCUAAAGCAGAACCCCGGAACAUCGACGGAAGAGACAUCAGUAGACGCAUUUAAGACCAAUAGCGGCUGGUUUGAUAAUUUCAAGAAGUGGACCGGCGUUCAUAGCAUUGUCUGGUAUAGAGAAGCAGCGAGUUCUGAUACGAAGGCAGCUGAAGAUUUCAUGCGUGAAUUCUGUCAGCUCAUCGCAGCCGAGGGGUACAUCGCACAACAGGUAUUCAACUGUGAUGAAGCUGGCCAUUUUUGGAAAAAAAUUCCCAGAAGAACUUAUAUAACUGCAGAGGAGAAGAAACUGCCAGGCCACAAGCCUAUGAAAGAUAGGCUAACUCUCGCCAAUGCGAGUGAAGACUUGAAGCAUAAGUCGCUCUUUGUCUACCAUUCCGAAAACACACAAGCGUUCAAGUCGCACAAAAUCCUGAAGGAGAAGCCGCAG